AUGGGAUUUGGGCCUGGGUUUCGUGGCGGCAGGUCUGGUCCAAGGAAUUUCAGAGGGGGCUGGAGGGGCAACACUGAAAGUUCUGGUCCUCCAGACUCGAUACAAGAGGUCGGAUGCCUAUCUCAUACAUGCCAGGGGGACCUGGUUGUGAAGCUAACGCACGAAAACAUACCAUAUACCAAUGCCACUAUUUACCUUGAAAAUAAAGAGGAAGUAGGAAAAGUUGAUGAAAUUUUGGGGCCUAUAAAAAAUGCCUUCUUCAUCGAUCCUUUCAAAAUGCUUACUCUCAACAGAAUUCUCGGCGGGCCUCAACGCGGCAGGUCAGAUGCGCGUGGUGGUCGGGGACGCGUUGGUCGUGGCUUCAGGGGAGGAGAUAGAGGAUCUUUCAGGGGUGGCGAUCGGGGUUCCUUUAGAGGUUCUUUUAGAGGCGGGGAUAGAGGUGGCUUCAGAGGCAGAAGUGGAGGUGGAUUUCGAGGCAGAGACGGGGGUGGCUUUAGAGGCAGAGACAGAGGUGGUUUUAGAGGCGGAAAUAGAGGUGCUUUUCGUGGUGGCGCCAGGAACGAGGGUGGCAGAUGGAGUGGUGAAGGCAACUCAAAUGAAAGCGGUGGUGAUUUUCGCGGUGGAUUCAAGCGACAAUUCGAAAGUGGACAGGAUUCUGGAACAUCUAAAAAAUUCAAAUCUGAAUAA